UGUGAAUGAGUGAGUGUGAGGUUAUUAUCAGAGGUGCAGCAUGCACAGGUCCUAUCAGCCAUUAAAGCCCGUCACCAACCGCUACCUGCAGCAGCGAUGGGACCAGAACAACUACGAAAACCACCGCAGGAAGGUGAGCUCCGCCCUGCCAGUAGUGGACAACAAGGGCACGAGGACACCAGCUCACGUCCAGCUCAAACUCAAAAAACUACAGCUGCAGGAUGAGCGGCUGUCGACCAUCGACAGAGACAACCGCCUCCUGGCCUCCAGACUGGCCGACAUCGUUUGUUCUAAAGGCCUGGUGGACCAUCGGAACCAGUACCACCUGAGGAGUCUGAAUGCUGACAAGAGGAGGGAGGAGCUUCGACUGGUCAGCCGUCAGAAUCAGGCCAUCUACCAGCGAAUCACGUCUCGCCAGUCAGAGUACCGCCGCCAGCUGUGGUUGGAUGACUGGGAGAGGGCGGAGCGUCGGCGGGACGAGAUUUCCCGAUACUCCCGAGGGCUCGCAGAUAAUCAGUUUUCUUCACAACAAAAUGCACCAGAGAGUCAGAAAGCAGCGAGAACCACUUAUGAAAGAUUUAAGUGAGAUGCGAGGCGCCUGGAGGACUGAAUGAAUGCUGAAGUGGCUCUCACAGAUUAAAAAAAAAAGCCUUUGAGUAAUAAAUGCAGUGAAUCGAUCUACAACCAGAGUGCUCCUUCUCCGGCUGGAUGGUUGUGUGUCAGUGAUGCUGCACAUCGAGCUGGCUGUUAUCUCCGGAUGAACCCUGGAGCGGAGGACGUGUGAUCAGCGUUGUGCGCUUGUGUCCGCAGAGGUCGCACAGGAAGGUGAAGUUUGCAGCUGUGGAGGGCAGCGAGCCGUCGACGAGCUGCAGCAACACCGACACUGACAGGACCGACAGAGAAACCUGACUCACACCUGAACCUGCAGGCCGUCGGCUCUCCGUCAUCC